CGCUGCACCCUCAUUACUAACAUGUCCCGUGUUGUUGUUUUGAUUUCGUCGCAUGUAUUUGCAAUGCCUAAUUGCGUUCAAAACAUAAAUGGGUGUUACUUUUAAGGUAAGUCUCCGCCCAGGGGGAGUAGCAGCGCUCCAUCCACCUGCCAGACUACUUCAGCAGCAGACAGUCAGUGGACCUGAAGCGCGCUCACUGCUGCUGCUGCUGCGUGGACAAAAAUAUACGAGACGCGUUGAAAAACUCCGGGCGAGAGGGGAUACGCGCACUUCAUUUGAGCUGCCACGGAAUCACAGUCACAUAAACUAGUUUAAAGGAGCUACUACUUUGAGGACACGUGUAUGCAGUUACUUUUGACUGGACGCAUUGUUUUGGUUUCUGUACGUUUUCUUUGCGCUGGAUUGCAAAUGAUUUGUACACCAGGACACACAGGAUCGUUUGUGACGGACGUCUUGUAGGACCGAAUAAAUCUCUUGUGGGUCUUUGGAUAAAGUGAUCAUGCAGGGAGCCGGGACUUUGGUGCUGGGGACCCUUCUGGUGUCUGUGUUCUCAGCUGUCUCGGUCCACAGCAGCCCUUUGUCUUCCCUGCCACCCGCUUCUGCUCCACGAGUCUUCCUGUCCUUCAAAGAGCUGAAGUCUACUGGAACUGCCCAUCACUUUGCCUUUCUGCUCAACUCGACGGACUACAGAAUCCUUCGUAUGGACGAGGACCAUGAUCGCAUGUACGUGGGCAGCAAGGACUACAUCCUUUCACUAGACCUGAACGACAUCAACAAAGAGCCCCUCAUAAUUCACUGGCCUGUGGCUCCUCAGAGGAGGACUGAGUGUGUCCUCUCAGGAAAAGACAUCAAUGGUGAGUGUGGUAAUUUCAUCCGUCUAAUCGAGUCAUGGAACAGGACUCACCUGUAUGUGUGUGGAACGGGAGCUUACAACCCCAUCUGUACCUAUGUGGACAGAGGUCAAAGGGCACAGGGCAUGCUCCAAGAUCAGAUGCCUCGCGCGGGAGGCCGAACCAGUCGAGCCGCAGACCCUAGUGCUUCACCAGAACCAUACGCACCCAAGGAAUACAUUUUCCGACUGGAACCUGGUAAAGUAGAUUCUGGGAAAGGGAAAUGCCCCUUUGACCCCAAACUAAACAGCGUCUCAGCUCUGAUAAAUGGCCAGUUGUACGCCGGCGUCUACAUCGAUUUUAUGGGAACAGACUCGGCCAUCUUUCGCACAUUGGGAAAACACACGGCCAUGAGGACCGACCAGUAUAACUCCCGCUGGCUCCACGAUCCAACAUUCAUCCAUGCUCAGCUCAUCCCUGAUAGUGCAGAAAAGAAUGACGACAAGCUGUAUUUCUUCUUCCGUGAGAAGGCCUCUGAGAUGGGUCAGACUCCCAUGGCUCAGUCUAGGAUUGGCAGGAUUUGUUUGAAUGAUGAUGGAGGACACUGCUGUCUGGUGAAUAAGUGGAGUACCUUCCUGAAGGCUCGGCUCAUCUGCUCUGUGACUGGCUCUGAUGGCAUUGAGACACAUUUCGAUGAGCUUCGGGAAGUGUACAUCCAGAAAACCCAAGACACCAAGAAUCCCGUCAUCUACGGUGUCUUCUCCGUGUCUGGGUCUGUGUUUAAAGGGUCAGCAGUAUGUGUGUAUUCAAUGGCUGAUGUUCGCAUGGUCUUCAAUGGUCCUUUCGCUCAUAAGGAAGGGCCAAACUACCAGUGGGUUGCCUACCAGGGUAAAAUUCCUUACCCCCGACCAGGAACCUGUCCAGGAGGGACAUUCACGCCCAACAUGAAGUCUACUAAAGAUUAUCCUGAUGAGGUUAUCAACUUCAUGCGGAACCAUCCGACCAUGUUCAAUGCCGUUUAUCCAGUCCACAAGCGCCCCCUAGUGGUCCGUACUAAUGUGGAUUAUGAGUUCACCACCAUCACAGUGGACCAAGUGGCUGCAGCUGAUGGCAACUAUGAAGUUCUUUUCUUGGGAACAGAUAAAGGGACAAUUCAGAAAGUGAUUGUCCUGCCCAGAGAUGAUCUACAGACUGAAGAGCUGGUUCUGGAGGAGGUUGAGGUCUUCAGAGUUCCAACUCCAAUCAUUACUAUGAAAAUUUCUCCAAAACGGCAACAGCUGUAUGUAAGUUCAGUGGUGGGCGUCACUCAUCUGGCACUGCACAGGUGUGAUGUUUAUGGAGAGGCCUGUGCUGACUGCUGCUUGGCCAGAGACCCUUACUGUGCCUGGGAUGGAAAGUCCUGCUCUCGCUACUCAGCAAACCAAAAAAGGCGGAGUCGGAGGCAAGAUGUGAAGUAUGGCAACCCUAUAAGACAAUGCAGGGGCUAUAAUUCCAAUGCCAAUAAGAACACGUUGGAGACAGUGCAGUAUGGAGUAGAGGGAAGCACAGCUUUCCUGGAGUGCCAGGCCAGAUCUCCUCAUGUAUCAAUCAAGUGGCAUUUCCAGAAGGAGAACAGUGACAGGAGGAGAGAGAUCCGCUCUGAUGGACGUGUUGUUCGUACAGAGCAGGGUCUCCUCCUGCGCUCUCUCCAGCUCUCCGAUGGAGGGGUUUACCAGUGCACCUCGACCGAGAAGAACUUCAAGCACACGCUGGUCAAACUUCAGCUGGUGGUCCUUUCCGCCCGCACCGUCAACACCAUCCAGACCGAAUCCACCGCUCCCGCCGUGCCGCCUCUCCAGUCCAGCGCCUGGACACCCAGCGCAGAGCAGUACAAAGACCUGCUGACCAUCCUCAGCCAGCCAGAGAUGGGCCUCAUCAACCAGUACUGCCAGGACUACUGGCAGAUGGGGGACGACCCCGCAGCUCACGCACACAAGAAGAAGGACCUCAAGGAAGUACAGAAGGACCUCCGGAAGCCACGAAACAGGAGACACCACCAGGAGCAGAGCAGCAUGGCUGAGACAUGAGACGGAAAAACAUCCCACUCCAUGCAAAUGAACGAGACUUGAGGUUGACCUCAAGGUCUUUGACUACCAUUACACCCAAGCGUAUACCCGAAACCAUUAUGACCGAGGAGAAAAUAAACAAUACAUUUUGAAAAUUCAUAGUAUUUAUUGUAGGCUGUACAUAGUUAGAUUCUGUGGAUAUCUUUGUAUGGAAAUAGAGCAAAAAAAAAAGAAGAGACAAAAACGUUUUGUGUAUAGAUCUGUGCAAAUAUUUUGUUAUCAUUGUUACUUUUUUUCCAAUAUAUUUAUUACAACGGUAUUCGCAUAAUAACACACCGUGUGACUUAUCAUAAAACUUUAUGUACAUACCACUAACCGGUUAGUUGGAAACUCUUGAUGGACAGUUUGACUGCACUUGAUGUUUUGAUACCAGAGGAAAGAUGGGACUGAAGCCGUUGUACAUUUAGCGGACUCUUUUAGCCAAGCACGUGUUCUCAUUCUGCAGAUGUACGGAUAAAGAAUUUCUACAUAUAUUUGGUGCAUCUGAGUAUUCUGUGACCUCUCAAAAGACUUUGAAAAACACUUUAAUAUCAUCAGAAACUCAUCUUUUAAUCUUCUUGAUCUUCCAUAUGUUGCUAUGCUAAUGUGUGUUAAAUAUAAAGUCGUUUCUGUGUGUUAUAUGUUUGGUUUAUUAUUGAUUACAGCCUCCUGUAUAGUAUGUACAUCACUUUUUUUUUUGUUCUUUUCAUUUAUAUAAAUAUGUACUAUUGCACGCAAAAAUCGCAAAAAGCUGGGGGUUCAGAACCCAUCCAUCUUUUUGCAAAGCAGAAUUGUUUUUAAAUACGUACCUCUCCAGACAUUUUUAGUAAUAAGCGUCCAUGCAAGCACCUCUAAACAUUUAAUGGGUGAUCAUUUGGGAGCUUUAAUCAUUUGGAUUUAAACUGUGGGGGGCUUGUUUGAGUUUGCAUGAAUUGUAUUUGUACUGUACAGAUAUGUAGUCAAAUUCUGGAUAUUGCUGUGUUGCUGUAUGGUCUUUGGCAUAAUGAAUUGAGAGAGAGAGAGACUGUUUUCUAAAGACAGAGGACUUUGCUGAACUAGUGAUGGAAUCAAGCACAAUUACCUGAUGUGUCUGUUUGGCCUCCGUUGUGUUUUCUCAACACACAUAGCAAACGGGCUGUGUGAAAUGGUUGUUGUAAAUGUUUUUUUUUGUUUUUUUUUUUCUUUCAUUUGUAAGACAUUAUUCAUCACUGUGGUUUGUCCCCUUGUUUUGUCUUUUUUAGGAUAUUCUAAUGUGAAAAAGAUCCAGAAUUAGAUGUUAUGAACAGUUAAUAUUAUAGUAAUGUAUUUUUUAUUUGUUUUGGGGGUUUUUUUCAUCGUUGUUGUUGACUAAUUAAAGUUAUAUAUUUUAUAACAAAUACAGGUUGGCCUUUCUGCAUAAAUGUUACUGAGUGAACAUAUACUUCCUUUCUUCUGCAGUCUCAACUUAAAGAUUGAAAGAGACACCAAAGAGGUUACAGUGAAUAAGGCAAUAGGUUGUUCACGUUACACCAAAAGUAUACACUCUUAAACAAUAAAAGUGCUUAAAAGGUUCUUCACAGCGAUGCCAUAAAAGAACCAAAAAAAGUUGAGCCAACUUAACAUUUUAAGGCAACCAGCUUCGGCAGAUUUUUGAGUUUUCUCAACUUGUCGUUUUAAGUUUAUACAACAAAAAUUUGAGAAUCUCCCACAAAAAUAAGUUGAGCAAACUCAA